UGGAAUGGACACUGAUAGAAUCACCACCAAAGCUAAAGUAGAGUACCGGAUCAAGAAAAUCGAAAUAGAAGGUAAGGAAGUUAUAGACACUAUCAUUAUAACGUACGAUGAUGAUAGUAUAUGGUCUUACGGUUUAGGAGGGAGAAAAUCCCACCAGAAGACAAUAAUCUUCUCAGGAACUGAAUACUUGGUACGAGUGACCCACGAAACACUGGUAAACAGAAGAUGGGCAGGAGCGGCACUGGAGCUGGAGACAAACCGAGGCAGAGUGUUCUCCUUUGAGCCCGUAUGUUCGAGUACACCCAAACACAAGCGCACCACUAUAACAGCUGAACCUGGGAUGGAGAUACUAUCUUUACAGAUACGGUCAGGUGCUCUGGUGGGGUAUGAGCAGCAGCCGUGUAGAGAGGAGAGUGUAGCUGUUGAAGAGUGGUAUAGUGUGCUUUAUCAGGGAACCAAGGAAGAUGGGGUGGAGGUGAAGGAGUUCUCAGAGAAGCAGGAGGCGGUGAGGUGGUGGCAGGGGAUCAGGGACAAGUGUAGACAGAAAUCAGGGCGUGGAGCCUUGUUUCUUGAUACCAAGAGGAACACGAUACUGAAUAAGACAGGAUCUGAGGUUAUAGGGGUCACGAAAUCCUCUCCGAACCUCCACGUGGUGUGGCCUGGUUGGCACUAA